GACAGCACUCACUGUGAUAAGCAGAUCACAGCUGUUCAGUCGGAAUUGCGGUCUCUGAAUGAAACUUCUUGCCAUAUCCCCCCCUGAAUAGUAUCCUGUGAAAUGUUCCCUUCAGAGACAUCAGUCUGACAUCCUGUGAAAAGCCAUGUCUUGCUCAAAGUCAAUUCGAAUGCUUAUCUUGACCACCGCUGCGUGUGCAACAACGAUACUCGCGGCCAAUUUCGGGGCGCCGCUCUAUGACACGUCGGAUCCGCUCCGGCUGCUUGACCACGAGAAUUUCCACCGAGAGCUCCGCCAGGCCCCCGGAGUGUAUUUAGUGCAAUUUUACAACAGUUGGUGCGGGCACUGCAUAAGGUUCGCUCCGACAUUCAAGAAGUUCGCAGCUGAUGUGAGUGCCUGGCGUCCAGCGGUGAGGGUCGGAGUAAUUAAUUGUGCGGACUCAGCUAAUGGGCCUCUGUGCAGAGACAACGGCAUUGAAGGUUUUCCUACCAUGAAAUUGUUCUGGAUUGAACGAGGCGGCAGGGGGAGCACAAACGGGACGAGUAUUCGAGAGAGAGAGCCAUCGGGAAUUGAAGAUGAAAUCGUGGACUUCAUCGAGGCAAGGACCAAGGACAAAGCCGUGCUCCAUGAUUUCCCGAGCCUAACGCCGUCAAGUGCGCGAAGCCUUCAAGAUAUCUGGGAUUCGGUCCCGACAAAUCUCAAGCAGGUUUUCGUUGUUGUCGAGAGGCCAUCUUCGUAUGUCGGACGUCAACUGAUCCUUGACUUCAACUCGAUCAAAACUGCUGCGGUGCAUAGGUUCCUGAGAGGCGAUGGUCCUGAAGAACUCCGCCAUCAGGAUCAUGUGUCAUUGCUCCUCCUCGAGAAAGGAGUACAUCCUCGGCUCAUAGCGAAAGAAACGGACGAAAAGAAAGCACGAGCGCUCUUCAAGGAGAAGCUCACUGAACUCGGCAUCAGCUUCGUACAUGACGAGCACCACACAACACAGGCGACCAAAGCUUAUGACCUAAUCGGCGACUACAGCAAAAUUUACCUUGACGACAUUGAGACUGGAAUCUUGUACACAUUGACGCAGGAAGUUCCUCUGAAGCAAGAAAUUUCAACGAAGCAGCUCAGCAUACUGAAGAGUUUCAUCCAGCUCAUGUACGAGAACAUUGAUGUGCCACCACGUAUUCGGUACUAUCUCAGGAAUGUUUCGAAUCGCAUCGAUGUGUCUGUACCGCUGAAAGGGGCCGACUUCCUGAAGCUACUUAAAGCCGCUGAAACACCAGAAGCCUACCUGUCCCCGGAGGCGAAUUUCAUCGGCUGUAAAGGAAGCGACCCCGGGAAACGUGGAUACACGUGCUCGCUGUGGACGAUCUUCCAUUACAUAACUGUGGGGAGUCACGCGAAGUUCCUCGCGAAAAAAAUCGAAUACCCUAAUCUAGCCGUUCUCGUUAUCAAGGACUACGUUCUGAACUUCUUCUCGUGCAGUGAAUGCAGGAGCCAUUUCGAAAAAAUGGCCGCAAAUAUAGAAUCCGAGCUCGUGAACGCGAACGAGUCAGUAUUAUGGCUGUGGCGGAGCCACAAUACAGUCAAUGCUCGAUUGAAGGGAGACGGUACCGAAGAUCCGGCGAGACCGAAAAUUCAGUUCCCCCCGAUGUCCUUGUGCCCUGAGUGCCAUAAUGGCGACAAAUUCAACGAGUCAAAUGUUUUGAAAUUCCUGGGUCGCUUCUACAGCGAACAGAAUUUGGUUCAAUCAGCAGACACACGGACAUCACCGGAUCGGAUUGUCGCUUCGACUCCCGGUGCAAAACACUUCUCCGGUUUCGACCUCACCAUCUUCCUGGUGAUCUACGCUCUAUCUAUCACGCUGUUAUUUGUUGUCUUUGUUACGAUGGUGUGCCGGCGGAGAAAGGCAGCUUGCAAGUCUGUCCUAUCCUCCACAUCGGCGUCGUCGCCGUGAGACGAAAUCCUCCGCCGUCCCUCCACGGCGCCGAUAUUGACCCCGAAUUCUUGCCACAAGCAACUCAAGCGAGGGACAAGACACAGAGACCUUAACGAAGCGAGUGAGGGUUCCGAAAUUCCGUACGCUUGUUCAUAUCUCAUAGCUUACCUACCUCGCUCACGUUACGCUGGGGACUGCCGGUCUGCCGCGUCUCGUUUACUCUACAAAAUGGGAUGUGUUCUGCCCCGCUGCUGGGUGCUCCCCUCGUUGCCGAGCGAGGCUCAUUGUGUAUUGCCAAAGUUUCAUUGAUGGUUGUUUUAUCUUGGCUGUGAUUUAGGAAGACAACGGACGAUACUCAGGUCGCUUGAAACCCAUUGUGAAUAAAACGCUGAACAACGUAUUUUCAUAAAAUACUAUCGUUUUG